AUGGUAGUACUCAUUGAGGAGUACAAUGAAGAUGAUGACAAAGAGAACAUCAAUGUCAAUAUAUCAAACAAAAGUAGCAAGAUCAAACAACAACAACAGUGUAAUAAUAUAUCAAUCAAUGAGGAGGAGGUCGACCAGAAGAAGAAGGGAUGCUUGAAGUACAGUGUCGCGAACAUUGAACCACCUGCUACUACUGCCACAGCAGAGAAGAGGAGAGUGACAUUCAAUCAAAAGGUCAAUGUUAAGUUGAUCCAUAUAGUGGAGGGAGAACGUACACACUUCAUACCAUGCUUCAAUGAUAAGAAUAGACGAAUAAUUGAGAAGUACGAGCACGAGCUGUAUCUCAAGGAGAAGUUAAGGGAGAAGAAUGGAAUGGUGGGUGAUGGAGAAGGCGAGUGCGGUUCCCCAUCCUCUCCACAAUCACCUGCCUUCAAGCCGACAUUGGAGAUCAGACACAUUGAAGAUAUACAGGGUGGCACCGAGGAGACAUUCGACACAGACACAAUGUCCAGAGAGGAGUUGAUCGAGGUGUUGGACAUGAACGAUCUCGACACAAAAGGUUCAAAGGCACAGCUCAAGGCAAGGCUGGAGAAGUACAUCAUCAGUAUGAGCACCGCCACCAGUGGUGGAGGUUCAGAGUCGUCAGAGGAGGAUGAGGAUGCGGAGGACACCAAUGCCAAGGGUAAGGCCAAGGGCAAUGGUAAGGCAAAAGGCAAGGCCAAAAGAAAGACAAAGGUGUCAGAUGUCAUUGCUUCGCCAGAGGAUCAUUAUGAGCAACAAUGGAGUCAAUGGAAGACAGAGAUGAUUGGAACACGAUCGUCAACAUUUGAUGAGCAUCAGAAUCUAUAUGAUGCAUUCACCUCUGCCCUCACCAUGACAUCUAAGUCAAAGACAACAUCAACAUCAAAGCCAAAAUCAUCAACAAAGACAACAACAACAUCCAGUACUUCCAACAGCAGUAAGAAGAAGAGGCGAGUAUUAUAA